GCCGGGACAAGAUGGCGACGCCGGAGUUGUUGCUGGAUUCCAGCAUUCGGCUGUGGGUGGUGUUGCCCAUUGUCUUCAUCACCUUCUUCAGUGGUCUCCUCCGCCACCAUGUCACCCGUCUGCUCCAGGGAGAGAAGAAGACCGAGCUGGAGCCGCUCAGCGACAGUCAGGUGCUGAUAAGAAGCCGCAUCCUCCGGGAAAAUGGCAAAUACAUCCCUCGACAGUCUUUUCUCAUGAGGAAGUUCUAUUUUAAUGAUGGUGAAACUGGCUUUUUUAAGAAAACCAAAAGGAAAGUAACUCCCAAGAACCCAAUGACUGAUCCCACCAUGAUGACUGAAAUGAUGAAAGGUAAUCUGACCAAUGUUUUACCCAUGAUCCUCAUUGGGGGCUGGAUCAACUGGGCUUUCUCUGGUUUUCUUACAACCAAAGUUCCAUUUCCCUUAACCCUACGAUUCAAGCCAAUGUUACAGCGUGGGAUUGAGCUGGUCUCCCUGGAUGCUUCAUGGGUGAGUUCUGCAUCCUGGUAUUUCCUCAAUGUAUUUGGUUUGCGAAGUAUGUACACACUCAUUUUGGGACAGGACAAUGCUGCUGAUCAAAGUCGGAUAAUGCAAGACCAGAUGACUGGAGCAGCCAUGGCUGUGCCACCUGAUACUAAUAAAGCUUUUAAAGCUGAAUGGGAAGCCAUGGAGAUAACAGAGCAUCUGUGGGCCUUAGAGAAUGUGGAGGAAGAGCUGAUUUCUAAGGACUUGGCCUUGGACUACAGCCAGUGA